AUGUUGCAUCCGAUUCUUGAUCUCAGCAGUUUCAAUGUUGUCAUCGCUGUGUUAGGUCUCUUCGUCCUCAUCUUUGGCUACAUAUCGCUGCAGCUCAAGCAACGAUGGUAUGUCGGUGAAGCAUUACCUGCCUUCCUUGUUGGCAUCGCGUUUGGGCCCAUUGGUACCAACUUCUUAAACAUCGCUGAGUGGGGUGGAGAUGACGAUGACACGGGCAGUGAGAUAGCUUAUGACUUGGUCCGUCUGGUCAUUGGCAUCCAGCUUGUAAAGGUUGGAUAUCAACUACCAAAGCGAUACCUGAAGCAGCGUUUUGUCGAACUGAUAAUCUGUCUACUCCCACUCAUGGCGAUUCAAUGGCUGAUAACAUCUGCCUGUAUCAAGCUCAUGAUCCCGCGCGUCUCCUUUGCAGUCCCGUACCAGCUCGCAGCAAUGAUCAUAGGCGCAUGCGUCACCUGCACAGAUCCAAUCCUCUCUCAGGCCAUUGCGAAGGGCCCCUUUUCCGACAACUAUGUUCGACGACCACUCCGUGAAUUUAUCUCCGCUGAAGCUGGUGGAAACGACGGCUUUGCGUUCCCAUUUCUGCUGUUGGCCGUUGCGAUCCUGCGGUAUGCCGAAGCACCGGAAAACACUAGAAGUUUAGCCGACUUCGAUCGAGCCAGGGAUGUCCCCGACUUUAUCGGCGCUCCGGACGUGGGACGUCUGGGAGGAGGGGCUGGUCGGGCGUUGAAACAUUGGGUGGUCGAGGGCGUUCUAUAUAUGAUCGUGCUGGGCGCUGCGUAUGGUGCGACGGUGGGGUUUAUCUGUCGCAAGUUCUUAGGAGUGGCAUUGCGCAGGAAAUGGAUCGACAACGAGAGCUUUACACUGAUACCUCUGGCUAUUGGGCUGUUUAUCGUCGGUACAUGUUGUUCCUUCGGCUCUGACGAAACGCUGGCCUGUUUCGUGGCCGGGAAUAUCUUAAACUGGGACGGUGUGUACCACUCCGAGAUCCAAGUCCGCCACGACACCUUCAACACCUCGAUCGAGACGCUCCUGAACUUCUGCGCAUUCAUGUACCUCGGUGCGAUCAUCCCGUGGGACCAGUUCCACGCGCCUGCUCUGAACGGGAUCACGAUCGCGCGCCUUUUCGGACUGGGGUUCUUGGUUCUGGCUCUUCGCCGCAUCCCGGCUAUCCUGAUGGGGUAUCGCUUUAUGCCGAAAGUCUGCAGCACGUGGAAAGAGGCGUUGUUUAUGGGCUACUUCGGGCCUAUUGGCAUCGGCGCGAUUGCGUAUGUCGAAUAUGCUCGCCGGCUGUUCCCCGACUUUGGGAGCAGCGAUGAGGAGAUCGAUACCCUUACGGCGGCGAUGGUGCCGGUUGUCUACUGGCUGGUCCUAUUCUCCGUCAUAAUACAUGGUCUGUCCGUUCCGCUGCUCAACUCGCUCUACAAGGCGUUUGGCGUGCCGCGGGUCUACGACCACCCGGUUGAGGUGUUGCUGCUGUCUGAGAACGAGCCGGCCCCCAACAACAGCACCGUGAAUCGCCAGCGACAUUCUGUCAUGGUCAACAACCGGUUCUCGCGGUCCCCGGAGAGCGAAGACGAGGGAGAGGGCGAGCAAACACGAGAGGAGGAUCAGGUCCAGAUCCUGAGGACAAGCGAGGAGAGACGCUCUGUCGACAGGACCGUGACACUGGAGUCUUUGGACCCGAAGACGGACCGCACCGUGGACACGCGAGACUUGGUAUAG